AUGUGCGCGGCGGUCGGUCAGGGAGAGGAAAGCGUUGGGCGCCUUCGCGAUGAGCAUCAAAGGAAGCGGUGGGUGAAGGCAUUUGAGGCGUGUGAUGAAGGCAACAAAGGAUACUUAAGCAGAGAGGACUACAAGGUUGCUGUAGUGAUGCUGUUUGGCUAUAAGCCCUCAAAGAUGGAAGUAGAGUCUGUCAUGGCCUCUGCGCAGCAAAGUCAAUCGGGUGUAUCUCCUGAGGAGUUUCUCAAUCUUAUGAGCACAAAGAAGACUGCACAGUUGUACCACAGCGAAGCAAGACAUCUCUUCACUGCUUUUGACAUGCAAUGUAAAGGAUUUUUAUCUUUGGAUGAUUUCAAAACAGCCUUCAGAAUCGUUGCACCAAAAUUACCAGAGAGAACCAUAGUUGAAGCAUUCAGGGAGGUUGAUCAGGAUUCCGAUGGCCAUAUUAGCUUCAAAGAGUUUGAAUCAGCAAUGAACUAUGGACAAGAUAAUUUGUCGGCACUUCCAUUUACCUGAAGUUCAUUUUCUGAAGAAAACACAAUAAAACUUACACACCUAAGAUAUUCUA